GGGAGAGCAGCCCAUGGUUUUAGGUGCUUUUAUACUAUAUUCAGUCUACUUCUUGUGUCAAAGAUGCAGGUUGUUAGUGGUGGACAAUCACUCUGGAUGUACACUCUGUUAUUCACUUCUCUACAACUUUGGGGAAGGCUUUCAGCUUCCACUUCCACUCCUCCUCUUCCUGCACCUAUACUUGACAUCUAUUCGAGGUCAAAGAACUCAGUGGUUCUGGUUUGCCGUGCCCCAGAGGGCCACCGAGGCGUUCAUUUCAUGUUGUACCGAACUAGAGAGAAGGUGGACUCUCAGGAGCUGCAAUCUGGUGCUGAGGAGGUUCAGUUCACUGUGAGGGUAAAGGAAGGGGAUUCAGUCCAACUCUUAUGCUGUCUGUACAAGGACCAGGAUGGUCAUUACAGUGUUUUCAGUCCCUAUUUGCAGCUGGAGCACACAAGAGAUGCUGUCCCUACUCGCUCCAUGCCCUCUUUCCCUCCUCCAGUCUUGUCUGUGAAUCCCUCUACUGGUGUGCUAAAACGUGGAGAGAUGCUAUCCUUCAGCUGCUCAAUCCCUCUUCUGAACCAGUUUCAGUCCCAGUCUGUCAAUAACAACAAACCAGUGACCUUCCUUUUGCUGAGGACCACUGUGCAAACAGGGGCAACAUCUGUUAUCCUCCAGCCUCAGGCUAGUCAGGUAUCAAACCCUGAACCCCAGCCAGGAGUCUUCACUGUGGGGCCAGUUAGGGGAGGAGAGGAGGGCGAGUACACCUGCCUUUACCAGAUCACCAAAAAAAGGGGAUUGGUCAAUUCAACUGUCAGCAAUAUGGUUCAAAUCACUAUUACAGAUGCGUUGCCAGUUCCCACCCUUGUCGUCCAGCAGCAGUCGGAUGUGUGGCAUUUGCUCUGCACAGGCUCUGCUGCUUACCCCGGUGCUGUGUUCUCCCUCUACCUGGCUGAUAUUGAACUUCCUGUUGCCACUCACCGUACCACCUUGCUCGACCAUCAGGCCAUCUUCCCAGUGCCUGUCCAGGACACUCCAAUGGCUUUUUACCAAUGCCAGUACGAUGUCCUCCUGGGAAGGAAAUGGAGCAGCUCUGAGCGUAGCCGCUUGUUGGCUGUAACCAGAGGAAUUCCUCCUCCAUCAUCAACAGAUUUGUCCGGUGUGGACUGGCCUCUUGUACUGGGCUCUUUCGCCGCUGUGGUAUUGUUAAUCUGCUCAGUGACACUCGUGGUUGUGGCGGCACACAGGAAAGUUAAAGCUGCGGCCAAGGAAAAGAAGAAAAGACAGGAAGCCCAGUUCUGGACUCAAGUUCAUGCUAAGGACCAUGUUGUUGACCUUACACUCAGGCGUACAAGGUUCCCCUCUGAGGAAUGGGCCAGUGUGGACACAACUACAGAGACAGGCUCCAGAUCUCCUUUAAGGAACUCGCUUUCUACAUUCACAACCCCAAUCCCUCCAAUCCAUUAGAAAUGUUUGUUUUUCUCUCUCUCUCUCUCUCUCUCUCUCUCUCUCUCUCUCUCUCUCUGUGUGUGUUUAUACUUUAUUUGAGUAGUUUAUCAAUGUAGCAUCAGUUGAAGUUACACAGCAGGACAGGAAAGGCUAUUUCCACAUUUCCUAUUUCAUGUAUGGCAGUAAAAUUGACAGGAUAUGAUGUUUGUUUGAUCUUACAUGUUACUGAGCCAGUGAAUCUAAAUACAGAUUUUAUUAUUAUUAUUAA